CCACCCCCCAAAGUGCAGAACAUAGAAAAAUGAGUAUUGAAGUUCAAGGUGCCCUUUCUCUGCAAUCAAUGUCUGCUACCUUCAGUUUCUUGUUCUUCUCCUUCACCCUUCUAUUCUCUCUCUUCUCUUUCCUCGUCUUCAUCUCGAGGAUGAAGCCAUGGUGUAACUGCGACAUUUGCAAGAGCUACUUGACCAUGAGUUGGGCCAACAAGUUCGUCAAUCUCUGCGACUGGUACACUCACCUUCUUCGCAAAUCCCCAACAGGAACCAUCCACGUGCACGUGUUGGGAAACACCAUAACCUCAAAUCCAGACAACGUUGAGUACAUUCUCAAGACCAAUUUCCAGAACUACCCAAAAGGGAAACCCUUCUCCACCAUCCUCGGCGACCUUCUCGGCCGAGGAAUCUUCAACGUCGACGGUGAUUCAUGGAUGUUCCAGCGCAAAUUGGCGAGCUUGGAACUCGGGAGCGUGGCGAUUCGCUCCUUCGCGAUGGAACUCGUCAACGAAGAGAUCCACACGAGGCUCCUUCCUCUUAUGGCUUCAACCGCACGUGCCGAAUCAAACGCGGCGUCAACAUUGGACUUGCAAGACAUCCUCCGAAGAUUCUCCUUCGACAACAUUUGCAAAUUCUCGUUCGGUCUCGACCCAGGUUGUCUCCUCCCCUCUCUCCCAGUUUCGGACCUCGCCGUCGCUUUCGACUUGGCCUCAAAACUCUCCGCGGAACGCGCCAUGAUGGCAUCGCCGUUUAUCUGGAAGACAAAACGACUCCUCAACAUAGGGUCGGAGAAAAAAUUAAAACAAGCCAUCGAAGUGGUAAACGACGUGGCGCAGCAGAUGAUAAACCAGAGAAGGGAAAUGGGGUUCACCGCAAGAAACGACCUUCUCUCGCGAUUCAUGGGGUCCGUAAACGACGACGUAUAUCUGAGAGACAUUGUGGUGAGUUUCCUCUUGGCGGGUCGUGACACUGUAGCCGCCGGGUUGACCGGUUUCUUCUACUUGCUGUCCAAAAAUCCCGAAGUGGAGGCCCAGAUCCGGGAUGAGCUGGAUCGGGUGGUGGGACCGGGGCAGGAGACAGCGAGCUUUGAACAAAUCCGAGAAAUGCAUUACCUUAACGCGGCGAUUCACGAGAGCAUGAGGAUCUUCCCUCCGAUUCAGUUCGAUUCCAAGUAUGCCACGGAGGAUGACGUGUUGCCAGAUGGCACUUUUAUACGCAAGGGAAGUCGCGUCACUUAUCACCCGUAUGCUAUGGGUCGGAUGGACCGAAUUUGGGGCCCCGAUUUCAUGGAAUUCAAACCCCAAAGGUGGUUGCAAGAUGGGGUUUUUGUGCCACCCUGUCCAUUUAAGUACCCUGUUUUUCAGGCUGGGGUAAGGGUUUGUCUGGGGAAGGAUUUGGCUUUGGCGGAGAUGAAGUCCGUUGUCGCUGCUUUGGUGCCACGGUUUGAUAUUCGGGUGGUUCAAUCGGAUCAGGAGCCCCGGUUCGCGCCCGGUUUAACUGCAACUUUGCGGAGCGGGUUGCCGGUUCGGGUUGUUGAGAGAAAAUGUUGAGAUCCGUUAAUAUCGUUUGAUUAGUGAAAAUACAAAUAUGUUGGGGUGAAUGGUGAACGGUGAACGGUGGAUGCUGAAUUGAAACUUCUUUUUUCCUUUGGAUUCAUAUACUGCAUGCCCAUGUAAAUAUAUUGCCAAUUUUUGAUUUACUUGCUCUUUCCUGUGUUUUUCUGUUCUUGGAAUUUGGGUUCACAGUUAAUGGCAGAAAACAGGGCGGCAGAAGAGGGUGGGUGGGAGAGAACAAGGGUUAAUCUCCUUAUUUAAUACUGUUUCCCUUUUUCUUUUACUUAACUUUAAAAUUCAUUAAUUAAUAAAGUAAAAAUAAUAUAUU